AACACGGUAAAGAAAACCUCGAUGGUCUUGAGCAUCUUAAGUGAUAUCUUUUUUUCUCUUCCAAAAGUCCGUCGUUUUUUGUUUGGGAUGCUUUGUGCCGCUGCAGCAGAGAGGAAUAAGGAACCUAUUUUGUCUGUGCUAAGGAGCUGUGUGGAUCCACAUAAAGUUUUAAAUGCUUUAGAAAUUUCUUCAGGGACAGGACAGCAUGUCGUGCACUUUGCUCUUGCAUUACCGAAAAUCACAUGGCAACCAUCUGAGAUCGACGCACAAUCUAUGUCCAGUAUUGAGGCCUACAGAAAGCAUCACAAAGUGCAGAAUGUGAAGGCACCGAUUUAUCUGGAUGCGUCGCAGUCAUGGGAGCAGUGGGGAGGGGUGCAGCCAGAAUCGCUUGACCUCAUCGUUAACAUUAACAUGAUCCACAUCUCUCCUCUGGGCUGCACACAGGGUUUAUUCAGAGGAGCGGGGAAGAUUCUGAAGCCACAAGGAUUACUUGUCACCUAUGGGCCCUAUUCUGUGAAUGGCCAGAUCACACCGCAGAGCAACCUUGAUUUUGAUUAUAGUUUGAGGACAAGGAAUCCUGAGUGGGGACUCAGAGAUGUAUCGCUUCUCAAUUCUCUUGCCAACGAAAAUGGCAUGUAUCUGGAGAAAAUGGUGGAUAUGCCUGCUAACAACAAGUGCCUUCUGUUUCGUAAGGAGAGCGUGGUGUAGCAUGACUUGAGAAAGAUGUAAUGUUCUCAAAGGAACGCCCUGCUUUUCAGGAGAGCAAUAUGAAAGCUUUUUCAUUUUAAUGUGACACUGUAAUCCACACACAAGGAGUCACAAAGAUUUUAAGGCACUGUUACCAGUUACAUUAUUGCUCUCAGUGUUGUCAAAGGCAUAAGUAUUAACAAACAUCAUAAAAAUUCAUAGGCCACUUUAAAGCCUCUUAGCUUUUGUGAGCCGCGUGUACACAUCAAAUGCUAAGAUGAACUAUGCUGAGCAAAACCACUGUGGAAAAAUCCAGAAAUAGUGACAGGGAAUUUUGUCACUGUAUCUUUUCAUAACCGUAAAUGUCUGAUCUCAUGAUUAAGUGGCCCAUGUUUUGCCUCUGAUUGAAAAGAAGAGUUAUUACAGCAGGUGGAUCUAUAACUGAAACUUGUUUUCGUUCGGUUGAACGUUAUAAAUUGAAAUGUCCGGCCUUUCUUGGCAGAUGUGCGGUCAGAGGUGAAACUGUCGUGUGAUAAAUAUUUAAAAAUAUGUUGGCUUACAACACUUUUUUUUCCACUCUUAAAAUCAUCAGCACGCACUAAGCUUCAUAUUGUGAUUUUGAUGUUUAGCCUGGCAUUUAAUAAUUAUUACUCUGUACCUUGGGGUAUAUGUAAAACUCAGAGUUUUUUUUUUUCCCGAAAUGAUUCUUUCAUCAGUUUUGAUCAGGAUGUGGGAUGAAGGUGUGCAUUUGGCGCAUUUCACACAAAUAGCAUUGGAAUUGUAUGUUAAAAGUGUUGUCAGUCUUUUGAUGAACUAAUUCUCAAUGACCAAAUUUUAGUGUUUUGAAUAUAUUAUCACUUGCACUUCUCACCUUACUGUAAUCUGCAGGGUUUAAGCAUACCCAUCAUUCACUAGAGCUCUGUUACUGUGUUUCAUGAUUUUUUUUUUUCUUUAAUUAACCCAGUUUCUUUCCUACUGAUAAAAUGAAAUAUUUUUUCGCCUUAUGAAGACUGAUGAGUUCAUGUGCUGCCUGUGUGGUUGCUUACACUUAGGAAACCAGAUAAAAUGGUUAAUAAAAUCAGUGUAGCUGAGGA